AUGCCCGACUACUCAUCAAAUCCUAGUCAAACGACUAAGUCUGACCGAAGCGAGUCUAAGAAGAGCGACGAUAGUACUAAGACCCACCGCGGCUCCCCCGACCCGGACGUGUCCGAACCUAAAGACGGAUCGGCUGGACCUCACACAGACCAUGACAUUGCUCAAGAUCUACUCGGGUUCGGUGCUCAGUUCAACAACAAGAAGUAA